CUCUCUCUCUCUGAGUCCGGCCCGCAGUGGGGGUAGCAGCAGGCUGGGAGUGCGUCCUCCUCCGGUGCAGUCCGGUCCGCUCAAGUUGCAAAGCACAGACAUGGCACCUGUCCUCCAAAUGUUGGCCGUCAUCAUCGCAGCAGCGCUCCUGCAAACUGCGACAUCGGCCCACCUCAACGACACCAUUUUUGCAGUGACUGUGAGCUCCCGGGCGAGAGGGGGAAAACAGGAGACCCUGUGUGCCCAGAUCCACGGCCCCACAGAGCCCGUCUCUCUGACCGUCGCCCUCGAAAUGGACUCCGGCAGCACCGUCAUCCUGGAGGAGGCUGUCAAACAGGACUUCUACCGCUGCUUAAGCUUCCAGGUCCCUACAGUGCGUUCCAGAACUGUGGCAACCAUUAAUGUCACUAUUCAGGGUGAGAGCGCCUCGAUGAGCAAGAAAGCCAAAAUCCUCAUCGAGCCUCCUGCUUUCAUCCACAUCAUCCAGACUGAUAAACCGAUCUACAAACCUGGACAGACUGUUCAGUUCCGAAUCGUCUCCAUGGAUGCCAAUUUCCUCCCCGUAGCUCGAGUGUACAAAGUGGUGGAGCUCCAGGAUCCCAAUUCAAAUCGCAUUGCACAGUGGUUGGAUAAGUCCAUUGUUAGUGGUAUCCUUGAUCUUUCCCACCCCAUGAUUCCUGAGGCGGCACAAGGAAGCUACACGAUCACCGCCUCGACAAACAAAGGAGAGCAAGUAUCCCACAGCUUUGACAUCAAGGAAUACGUUUUGCCAAAGUAUGAAGUUAAGGUUCACCUACCCAGUGUGAUCACCAUCCUGGACCAAGAGGCAACGCUAAAGAUCUGUGGAAAAUACACCUAUGGGAAACCAGUUGUUGGUUCAGUGAAAGCUGUGUUUUGUAGAAAUGCCAUCAGGUUUUAUUGGUAUUCACGUUCCCAAGAAAGUGACCUCUGCAAGAUGUAUGAACUGACAACGGAUAAAAGUGGUUGUGCUACACAAAUUGUGAACUUGAUGGAGUUUUCCCUCAACAAGAGCAUGUACGAUGACCAUUUCGAUGUGAAUGCUGAAAUGGAGGAAUAUGGCACAGGGGUAAUUCUUAAAGGCAGUGGGCGGACCAGCUUCAGCAGUAACAUCAGAACUGUAACCUUUGAGGAUGUACCUGCAGCGUACAAGCCUGGCAUCCCGUUCGAGGGAAAGGUCAAAAUGGCCGGUCCAGAUAACAAACCCGUCGCCAAUGAGGCAGUGUACCUGUUUGUUGGUGACUUUCAGAACUUAACGCUGACUACAGACAUGAAAGGCAUGGCUUCAUUUUCUUUGGACACGGCCCUCUGGACAGACACUGUGAAUCUAAAGGCAAGGUCUAGAAAGACUGAGGAGAACGAGCCGUAUGUGGCCAGUUUGCGUAAGCCAGAGUACAAGUCGGCUUACCACCAAGCUGCAGCAUUUUACUCCAAGAGCAGUAGCUUUUUGAAACUCAUGCAGGUCAACAGGAAGCUCUCCUGUGACAAAGAUGCAACUGUCCGUGCUCAGUACAUCAUCCAGGGGGAGGAGCUGAAAAAGGGACAGGAAGUCCUCGACUUCUUUUACCUGGUGAUGUCCAGAGGUGGAAUAGUGCAGCACGGUCGCGUCCCAGUGGCUGUUAAAGCAGGAACUGUCAACAAAGGAGAGCUGUCCAUAUCACUCCGUCAGGUUACAAACCUGGCACCAUUUGCCCAAGUGGUAGUUUACACUGUGAUGCCUAGUGGAGAGGCUGUGGCUGAUAGCCAGGACUUCCCUAUUCAACUCUGCCUCAAUAACAAGGUGUCCAUGAGGUUCUCCUCCCUCCAGCAUCUUCCGGCAGAGAAGACCACGCUCGGUCUCCAGGCUCACCCAGGCUCUAUGUGCUCUGUCAGAGCCAUCGACCAGAGCGUCCUCCUGCUGCAGUCAGAGCAGGAGCUCACUGUCGACUAUGUGUACAGCCAGCUGCCUUUGCAGAAGCUUUCAGGAUACAGCUAUGAGGUUGAAGACUUUGAGCCAUAUCCCUGCUUCCCUGUGCCAAUGCCAGAGCCCGAGCCAGAGCCGGAGCCGGAGCCGGAGCUGGAGCUUGAGCCCGAACCAGAAGUUGAGCCAGAACUGGAGAUUGUGGUUGAUUUAGCUCGUCGAAAUAAACGCUCCAUCUACUUUGGACCGCCCAAUCAGAAGAAUGAUGUCUACAACAUCUUUAAAGAAAUCGGAAUCAAAAUUGUGACCAACUCUGAUGUGAAAAAACCUUAUAACUGCCAUGAAAGGAACUAUGAUUUAAUUUACUAUGAUGCUGAAUCCUUUGACUCUCCGGUUCCCAUGGCCUUCAACAUGAUGCCUCAAAGUUCAGGUGCGCUGGGAGGUAAAGAGGAGGAGAAGAAGGAGACCGUCAGGACAUUCUUUCCUGAGACCUGGAUCUGGGACCUAGUUACUGUGGGAGACAGCGGGUCAGUGAAUGUGGAGAAGACAGUCCCCGACACCAUCACGAAGUGGGCAGCUGGAGCUUUUUGCGUGUCCUCCGUGGGCUUCGGCGUGUCUCCCAACAUUGGACUGACCGCCUUCCAGCCAUUCUUUGUCAGCCUCACCUUGCCCUACUCUGUCAUCCGAGGGGAGGUGUUCACACUCAAAGCCACUGUCUUCAACUAUCUCUCCAAAUGCAUUAUGGUGAAGAUUACAUUGGCUGAUUCAGACCAGUACACCUUCAGAGACUGUGAAGGCUGCCAGUACAGUGUGUGCCUGUGUGGGGAGGAGAGCAGGACCUUCUCGUGGAUUGUAACUCCAACCGCCCUAGGUCAGGUGAAUCUGAAGGUCAGCGCAGAGGCCCUGAAGACCGACAUACUGUGUGGCAACGAGGUGGCCACCGUCCCCGACAUGGGCCGAAUCGACACAGUGAUCCGCACCCUGCUGGUGGAGGCUGACCUCUUUUGUGAUGAAGUCCUUCGGCGGGGCGAGACCGUACAUCUUCGUCCAUAACAAGCACAUUAAAGAUGCCAAGAGGUGGCUGUCCAGAAACCAGCGCCCUGACGGCUGCAUCCGAUCUGUGGGGAAGCUCUUCCACAACGGCAUGAAGGGAGGAGUGAGUGACGACGUGUCCCUGACGGCCUACAUCACCGCUGCCCUGCUGGAGCUGGACGCCAACGUCACGGACCCCAUGGUACAGAGCUGCCUGAACUGUCUGAAGGAAGCCGUGGGGGGCCAGCUGGACAACCUGUACACCACGGCCCUGCUGUCCUACACCUUCACUCUGGCUGGAGACCAGGACAUGAGGAGCAAACUCAUCACGUACCUGCACCAGAGGUCCAACACACAGGAUCUCCAUGCAUUACAACGUCCCCCCUCCCCCCGACUUCUCUGCCUUCAACAUCUCCACCAACACCAUGGCCAAAUGCAACACCAGCAGGCCUCAGCUCAUCCUCUUCGUGCAUGUCAGGUACCAGGGCAGGAGAGAGGAGACAAACAUGGUCAUCAUCAACAUCAAGCUGCUGUCUGGAUACAUUCUGGAUAAGAGCUCCCUGAAGCUGCUGAAGAGUGACCGCUCAGUGAAGCGCGUGGACGUGGAAGAAGGAUUCAUCAACAUCUACUUAGACGGGCUGAAAAAGGAUGAGACGAAGAUCUACAGUGUGACAGUGGAGGAGGAUCAGCCGGUCAGGAACCUGAAACCAGCCGUGGUCAAGAUCUAUGACUACUACCAGACAAGUGAUGAGGCUGUCACUGACUACACUUCCCCCUGUGCAGAGAGUGACACCAUCAACGAGCUGUAAAACCCUCGUGGAAAUCCUGCGGAAAGCCACGCCGGGACUUCUUUCAGUUGGAAGAAUCACUGCGUCAGAGAAAGAAACUUCUAGAUGUUUAUUUUUUUUUCUUUAGACUGUUUCUUUAAUUUUUUUUUACUCCUUUUUAAACUUUUUUAGCUGUGUUUUAUUGUGAGUGAAUCCCACUUUUUGUGUAAUUUUAGGAAGAUUUUUUGAGUUUUCUUUGAUUGUUGCUGUUCCAUGGUAGGCUCGUCCUCCCACGACUGUUAGUAUCAAACCAUGAAUCAGUCAGCGUGAGAAUCCACACAGUAGUCACUGCUGUCUCUCUCCUCCUCAACACUGGAACCUUCACAUCGUAACCCGCAGAGCUCAAGAAAAGCAGCCGAUAUUCUGUAACAGUUUUGUUUUUAAUAGAUUUGACAAAAUCCAUAUUAUUCAUACGUGAAAGUAACGCAUGAGACAUACAGGGUACCAAUAACACAGUAUGGUCCGAGUAUUGAUUGUGUGUGUGUGUGUGUGUGUGUGUGUGUGAAACAGGAUCUACUUUCUAGAAAAACAAAAAGUACAGUCUCAUGAGUGCUAGGUGAGUUAUUCUGCACGUGUCUGUGUGUGUGUGUGUGCAGGUGUGUGUGUGUUCUGCUGUACCAGUAAAAAAAAAAAAAAAGGUAGAUUGAUACAUCACUACCAUACAAUUUGAAAUGUAACUGACUGACAAUAAAGUUUCUAAAA